AUGGCUGACUCUCAGGACGAGGCACGGCCGUUGAAGCGAUCGAGGGGGGAAGAGAUACGGCCACGCGUGAGUAGGGCAUGCGACCGAUGCAAAGCUCGUAAGACCCGGUGUUCCGGGACCUGGCCUUGUGUGUUUUGCUCGCAUCUUAAAGUGACCUGCGAGUUUACGGCGGCUCGUCGAAAAGGAUUUCGGAUACCUGAGACAGAAACUGAGACGACCAAUACGGCGCGAAGGCAUUCAUCGGCGCAUGAGAGACCACCGACGCCCGUCCAUACGACGUCUGAGCAUGGGAGCAGCCCGGUCCAGGGCCACAGCGAUCUUACCAUACAUGCUGCGCCGCCUACACAACUGUCACCGAACUCUAGCACGAGAGAUCCCACCCUGGCAGAGACGGUGAUACAGAUAUCACAUAGCCCCAGCAACAAUGAAACCGUGAGCGCGCAAGACAAGCGCCAAGACAGUGGCCCCCUCAUUGCCCUACAGUCCUCCCGGAACUCCCCAGAACCAUCGCAAACCGACCAACAAGGCCACUAUGUCGGUCCUGCUUCCGGUGUAUCAUUUUUGUUGCGUAUUCGGAGGAAGCUUCAAGUACCAUCCACGGGGUACUUGAGCUCCUCCAUCUUCAAUUUUGGGGACCGGCCAUUGCCCGGGCAUGAUGCAUCUUUCGUUAUUCUCCCGCCCAAACAUGCAGCAGAUGCCAUGGUGAAGAGGUAUUUCGAUUUCGCGGCAACAACUCACAGGUUCUUGCAUCGGCCCACGAUAGAUUCAUGGCUUGAAGAACUCUAUGGCACCAACGGCGCAAUGCUAUAUCAAGAGUCCGCCCGGAGUCGCAUCGCCGUGCUGUUUAUGGUGUUUGCCCACUCGAACAACUACCAAGGAAGAAUGAAUGGCGACUCAAACGAGUCAGCGGCGGAUGCAGCCGAAAACAGCGCGCGGUACUUUGCCGUGGCAGAGCAUCAACUAUCGAUGGAGAAGGGCCAGAUCAAACUUAGUAAUGUCCAGGCACGGCUUGCACAAUGCUUCUAUCUGCUGGCCCAAUCCAGAUUGAAUCACUGCUGGACACUUUUUGGGAUCACGGCCCAUCUGGCUCUGGCCCUCGGGAUCCAUCGGAAGUCAAGAGUCGAUGCCAACACGUCAAACCGCGUUGAUCACAUUGAUCUAGAGUGUCGAAAAAGGACGUUUUGGUGCGCCUAUAACCUCAACACAUAUCUUAGUGCAGCAUUGGGGCGUCCAAUGACAUUCCACGAUGAAGACAUAGACCAGGAACUACCACUUGGUAUUGAUGACGAACGUCUUCGGUCAAGUCCCCCGCCUGGGCCAUCGAUGCUAGGCCCAUCUAUCACAUCGGCGACCGUGGCACAGAUCAAGCUCUCCAGGAUUCUCGCCAGGAUCCUCAGAGUUCUUUACGGUAUACAUCCGCCAUCGACAGAGGAGCAGUUCACUCUGACCGCAAAAUUCUCCCGGGAGUUGGAAGAGUGGCGGGAGCAUAUCUCAUACCUCCUUGACACAGACGGCAACUCGGCCAUUUUUGUGAGACUUGUGUUAAGACAGAGGGACGUUCUCAAACUUGCAUUCUGGCAUGCGCAAAUCCUCGUCAGCCGCCAAUUUCUCUUAAAAACAUUCACAAGCUUGGCAAACUACGAACCCAGGGCUGGGGGUCCACUGGCUCAGCGGAAAGAAGAGGUGCAGAAAAAUGUCAAGACGUGCAUUGAAGCCGCAGAGCACAUCAUCGAGCAUAUUGAUCGCAUCAGUGCGGCUGGCGAGCUUUACAGCACCCUCUUUUUUAUCCCCUAUUAUGGUUUCAACGCCGUGGUCAUCCUCUAUCUAUACGCGAUUCAAGAACGAAGUGAACGCCCAGAAACCUACCUCCGCCACUUCCGCGCAGGCUCGAAAUGUCAUGCGCAGCUGGAGAAAAUUGCGACCCACGGUUCUCUGAUGCAAAGAUACGGUGUGGUUUUACAGGAACUACGUCUCGAGGUCCUUCGAAACAAUGCGUACCUGGCGUCUGUGUCUACACCCCAUGCGGAAGAGGAUUCUGCUGAAGGUGAGAUACGGGAGAGGAGAGGAGACGUAGCAAGGACAAUGAGUGUCAGUAACCCUGCUGCGGAGCAGCAACACCAUUUUAGAGCCCCCAGCAUGAACGCCAACGAUUCUCGGCUCGGAGUAGCGUCAGCCCAUAGCUUGGAAGGCCCCCGAGGCGGAAACGAAGAUGCCUCGUGUAUCGUACCAGCUGCGAACACGGGGUCUAUUGAUGGAAUGGAUGAUUCCUUGACCCAUGUGGCAAGCUGGGGGCUGUUUGAUUCAUUGGUUACAGGAGGGACUGGAACCCUUGAUAUGAUGUGGGAUAACAUGAACUUGACGGGGUUCAACAAUUGGUGA